GUGGGUGCCGUCUCAAUGGUUCUGUCAGUUGGCUGCCACUGCAAGAAAAGAAGGCCGGAUUCACGAUGAUCUUCAUCUGAAGUCGCUAAUAGAUGACUGCCUUGAGUAUCGUGGUCAAUGUGGAAUGAUUUGGUCAUAUGACUGGAUAUCGGUCCCACUAGUAUACACACAGGAUGCUAAAGUUCCUGCAGCGCAUUCGAUUGACUUUUAUGUGCCCAUAUUCUCGAUGUUCCAAUUCUUCUUCUAUGUUGGAUGCGAAAAGACGAGUCGAUG